AUGAACUCUUUAAAUUCUUUCCAAAAAAAGGCAACUUUAGAGUCUUUAUUUUGCCCACCACUCGACUCUGCCUUAAUUGCUGUCAUAAGUAAUGACUACGAUGAUAUCAAUGAAUGUUAUGAAGUACUUGAUUCUUUGGCUAAAGAAGCAAAUCCUGUUUUGGAUUCCGAACGAGUCUGUGAAUCAGAAAUUUUUUCUGAAAAUGCUAAUAAUAAUUACAAAAGUGGUUCAAGUUGUUCAAGUGAACCAAGUUCAGAUAAAGGUGAUGGUUCGAUUACCAGUCUCGAAUUUCUAAUGGAUGGUCUCAGUUUUAGUGAAGGUUAUGAUUCCGAAAGUAUCUGUCUGACUAAUGAUGAGAUCCUUUUAGAUGAAGAAAUUGAACAAUAUAAUUAUAAUCUUUUCGAAGACCAACAUUCAACUAUUGAAACUCCCACUGAAUUUUUGAAGUCUUGUUUCCCUAUGCUUUCUGAAACAAAGAUUAAAUCCUUAUUUCAAGAAAAUAAUAAUGAUACCGAAAUUGUUUUGAAUGUUAUUCUAAAUGAGGUUGAACGAGAAAAAGAAUUGACACAACCGUAUGCACCUUCACCAUCAUCUUCUUCUUAUUUAACAUUGAAAAGCGAUGAAAAUGAUCACAAUUCCUUAAUUACUGAAUCUCGCACCAAACAUCAUUUGUCUCAUAAUAAUUCGUCCUCACCCGAAGUAAAUUAUGAAUAUGAUGAUGCUUCCCUGGUGGCAGCUAAUGGUUCAUUAGAAAAUGCUAUUAAUUUAUUAUUGGAUCCCGAAGAAUUUAAUAUGGCGCGUCCAAAUCAAUCAAAUAAAUCAUCACAAAUUCAGCAACGAACGAUUUUACCUAAGAAGAUGGAACUUAAUAUUAAAGCUGAAACCGAUAAAACUGAUGAAUUUCAAGUUGUUACCAGACCAAAAAAAAAUCAAAAGAAAAUUAGCUCAAAUUUCGCUUCUAUUACUUCUAUUCCAACCAUAACCAAAAAUUCUCCUGCAACUACAAGAUUCUAUAAUUUAGAAGAUGUUAGUUCUGAAGACGAUGAGGAAUAUGAAGAAUAUGAUCCUCAAUAUUGUCGUCAAAUGGCUCAAGAUUAUAAGAUAAGACGUAAUGAAGCUUUCAAAAAUGCUUUUAAUGCAUUUAAAAAAUCAAAGAGUUCACGUAAUGGAGAUGGUGGAAUUUCUUUUCAUUAUUCUACAGAAGGACAAAAAUUUGAUGCGGAAAUGAAAAAAUGGAACUUGAGAGCUGCAAGGUCCAUGGUACAGCGAAAGUGUAAAUCGGGGGGAAAUGAUUAUAUUCUUGAUCUACAUGGGUUGACUGUGAAAGAAGCGGAAACAGUUACCAAAGAAAAAUUAAAUAAGUGGUAUAAAAAAAGCAUGACGAAAUAUAAUAAUAAACCAGUUAAACCUCUGAAAAUUAUUACCGGAUUGGGAAAACAUUCUCCAAAUGGUAUAGCAAUAUUACCACCAGCCAUAAACCGCCUUUUGGAUAAAGAAAAUUGGAAUUUCUCUAAGCAUAAAGGGUAUGUGUUGGUUAAAGAUUUAAAAAAAUAA